GACUCUGAAAAUGGAUUUUUCCAUGUCUGCUGCUUCUUCUGCUGCUGGUGGUGCUUCAGGCGAUGAACAAGAACCUUCCAACACCAGCAGGGGAAAGAAGUCUUACCAUCGGCAUACUGCUCGCCAGAUACAGCAACUUGAAUCAUUUUUCAAGGAAUGCCCACAUCCAGAUGACAACCAGAGGCGCCAAUUGAGCAGGGAAUUAGGCCUCGAGCCUAAACAGAUCAAGUUCUGGUUUCAAAACAAAAGAACUCAAGCCAAGGCUCAAAACGAGAGAGCAGAUAAUUCGGUCCUUCGAGCUGAAAACGAAAGGAUUCAAUGUGAAAACCUUGCAAUCAGAGAGGCACUGAAGAAUGUGAUCUGCCCAUCUUGUGGAGGUCCUCCCUUUGGAGAAGAAGAACGUCAACGUAGUUUACAGAAACUUCAGCAGGAAAAUGCUCAGCUAAAAGAAGAGCAUGAAAAGGUAUCUGCCCUUCUUACCAAGUACAUUGGAAAACCACUUUCUCAGAUAGAUUCACUUAUGCCUAUCCGUGGGUCUUCAUUAGAAUUUUCAAUGGCAGGCUUCCCUAUUCAAAGAUUGGGAAGCCCUGCCCUUGAUCUUGAACUAAAUCCAGGAAUUGCAGACCACAUGUCAAUGCCUUUCCAACAAUUUAAAGGAAUCCCAGACAUGGAGAAGGCACUAAUGUCUGAGACUGCUGCAAGUUCCAUGGAGGAGUUGAUAAGACUUUUACGAAUCAAUGAACCAUUGUGGAUCAGGACUCAGCCUGAUGGAAAAUACACCAUUCAUCGUGACAGCUAUGACAAAAUAUUCCCCAGGACUAAUCACUUCAAAGGUUCAAAUGCACGCACUGAAUCAUCUAAGGACUCAGGAAUGGUGACAGUCACUGGGAUGAACUUGGUGGAAAUGUUCUUAGAUACGAAUAAAUGGGUUGAUCUUUUUCCAACAAUUGUUACAAAAGCAAGCAUAAUCCAAGUACUUGAAACUGGAAUGGUCGGAAACCGAAAUGGUGCCUUGCAGCUGAUGUACGAACAGAUGCAUAUACUUUCUCCUUUGGUUCCACCUAGGGAAUUCUGCUUCCUUCGUCAAUGUCAGCAAAUUGAGGCCGACACAUGGGUGAUUGCAGAUGUAUCCUAUGACUGCUUAAAAGAAAAUGGCUCCCCGUCCCGCUCCUGGAGGCUUCCUUCUGGAUGCAUGAUCCAGGACAUGGCUAAUGGAUGUUGCAAGGUUACCUGGGUAGAACAUGUGGAAGUAGAUGAUAAAACUCAAACUCAUCGGCUUUACAGAGAUCUCAUCUGUGGCAGUCCUGCAUAUGGAGCUGAAAGGUGGAUUGUUACUCUCCAGAGGAUGUGUGAAAGGUUUGCUUUCUCCUCAGAAGAAACUAUACCUUCUUGGGAACUUGGAGGAGCGAUUACUUCAUCUGAAGGUAGAAAAAGCAUAAUGAAGCUAGGUCACAGGAUAGUGAAGAACUUCUGUUCAACGUUAAGCAUGUCAGAUAAGCUGGAUUUUCCUCAGUUGUCUGAAGUGAACAACAGUGGAGUUAGAAUUUCUGUUCGGAAAAGCAUGGAACUAGGCCAGCCCAGUGGCAUGAUUGUCAGCGCAGCUACUUCCCUUUGGCUUCCUCUCCUUCCUCAGGAUGUUUUUAGUUUCUUCAGAGAUGAAAAAUCUCGACCUCAGUGGGACAUUCUCUCAAGUGGAAACCCGGUGCAUGAGCUUACACAAAUCUCCAAUGGCGUUCAUCCAGGCAACUGCAUAUCAAUCAUUCGGCCUUUUGCACCCAGUGAGAACAACAUGGUGAUACUUCAAGAGAGCUGCACAGACCCAUUAGGAUCACUCUUAGUAUAUGCUCCCAUCGACAUUCCAACCAUGAACAUGGCGAUAAACGGCGAAGAUUCAUCAAUGAUACCUGUUCUUCCAUCUGGUUUUGUUAUAUCUGGAGAUGGGCGUCCAGACACAGGGAACGGUGCUUCGACUAGUGCAAAUGCUGGAAGGUCAUCAGGUGGCUCACUGCUUACGGUGGCCUUUCAAAUAUUAGUUUCUACACCUUGCUCCACCUCCUCAAAAGAGCUGAACAUGGAAUCAGUUGCAACUGUUAAUACCCUUAUCAGCUCCACAGUUCAGAAAAUAAGGGCUGCUUUGAAUUGCUCUGGUUUGGACUGAUCAGCUAAAAUUUUGGUUCCUAAGCAUAGUUGUUUCAAAACCCUCAUCUCUAUUGCUUGAAGUUGAAGACAUAUGCUUUGAUUAAACAUAUAUAACUGUAUCCUGGAUA